AUGCCCUCCAGCCCCAGCCAAAAUGGCCAAACCUCAGAACCGCAAUCACAGCAAUCUCAGACACAAGAACAGCAAACACAAUCCCUCCAACCUGCUCAUAAACCCCAGCUGUCAAACUCCGCAAAGCUCCUCAUCGGCGGCACCGCUUUCCUCAUCCUCUCCACGUUCAUAACCCGCCGCACACUCCGCCGCAAACGCCUCACUUCACUCCCGCCCACCUACACAAGCGCCCCGUACCAUAAACCCCAGGUGAACGGAGCCCUGGAGGCACUAGAAGCUCUCAACAUCGCGACAAUAAAUGUGGCCAGCGUGGCCAUGAUUGGCGUCGGGGCAUGCAUGUACGCAUUUGAUAUCAAUACCAUGGACGAUUUGCGGCGGAAGGUGAGAGGCGGCUUGGGGGUUGAUGGGUCUGGGCGGUCAGAGCAGGUUGUCGAGGAGGAAUUGGAGGAGUGGGUUGCUCGUGUUUUCAGUCGGAAGGCGGAGAAGGAGAAGCGGAGUGAGGGGGGGCGCCAGCAGGAUGCUAAUGAGAAGGGGAAGGAAAGAUAA